AUGAGACAACUCACAGAGGAGGAAACCAGGGUACUGUUUGAGAAGUUAGCUGGAUAUGUCGGAAGAAACAUUUCCUACUUGGUGAACAACAAAGAAGUACCACAUGUUUUUAGAUUACAAAAGGACAGGGUAUAUUAUGCCCCGGAAUCCGUUGCAAAUUUGGCAACGUCAGUUGCAAGACCGAAUCUGAUGUCUUUGGGUAUUUGUUUAGGUAAAUUCACAAAGACGGGAAAAUUUAGAUUGCAUGUUACUUCAUUACCUAUAUUGGCACAAAAUGCGAAAUAUAAAAUUUGGAUCAAAACCAAUGGUGAAAUGCCCUUUUUAUAUGGUAACCAUGUAUUGAAGGCACACGUUGGUAGGAUGUCUGAUGAUAUACCAGAACAUGCCGGUGUGAUUGUACUUUCGAUGAACGAUGUUCCACUGGGAUUCGGGGUUAGUGCCAAGACAACAAAUGAGGCGAGAAAUCUACAGCCCACAAGUAUUGUAGCAUUUAGGCAAGCUGAUAUUGGUGAGUAUUUGAGAGAUGAAGAUACGUUAUUCACAUAG